AAAACUUGAGAAUUGUCAACAAUUUCAGCUCCUCAACAUUUCUUGCAAUUUACAUCUGAGCCACCGAAGAAAACUGUGAAUUCAACGUCUAUACCAGUAACUCCGCCAGAACCACCAAAGACAAUUCUAAAUUCGACAGCAUGUAUUCCAGUUUCCACUGGUUCCCACAUAAGUUGUCCACCAGAAUCUCCUCAGAAGACUAUAAAUUCGACAUCGUCUCUACCAGCUCCUACAUCUUCCAUGACAGGUCUACCCGAAAGAACUAAAAAGACACAUGCAUCCAACCUCUUUAUGAGAUACGCACCAGAACCACCUAAGCAACCCCCGAAGUCAACAUCAUCUCUACAAGCUCCUACAUCUUCCAUGACAGGUUUACAAGAAGGAACUAAAAAAACACAUGCAUCCAAUCUUUUCAUGAGAUACGCACCAGAAAAACCUAAGCAACCCUCGAAGUCAACAUUAUCUCCACAAGUUUCUACAUUUUCCUUGAUAGAUUUACAGGAAAGAACUAAAAAAGCACAUGCACAAACCCAAACUUCAGUAGGUCUAACGUCAUCUCUGCCCAAAAUAAUAAGACAAACCAAGACAAUAAAAUCUUUAUAUCAAAAAAAUGUGAGACUUCAAAAAUUAUUGAAUAAUAAGACUGCGCCAAAACCAACAUUAGAGAUGUUUAGUAAAUACUGUGAUACGUUCUUAACGCCACCAAUGGCCGAAUUCGUUAAAACACAAGCUCAACUUUGUAAAGUUUCCGAACAUGGUCGACGUUAUAAUGAUGAAUACAAAGAAUUUGCUGAAAAAAUGUAUUCAUUAGGACCACGCUGUUAUAAAUAUUUACAAAAACUUUUUUGUUUGCCAUCAAUAAAAUCAUUACAACGUGACAAACUGAAAAAUUUACAGGAUCAGGAAAAUGGAAACUUACCGCAACAACCCCCAGUAGAAUCAUUACAUCAUGUAACAAAAGAAAUAAAGUGUUUACCGUCACUUAAUAACGAAGAGUUACAACAAACUACAUCCUGUAUUAACAAACCUUUAGUUCAACACAUAAAAUAUUUUCCGGCACUUAAUAGUGAACAAAUAGAACCGAUCCAAAUAUCAUUUGAACCUAUAAUUCAACAAAUCGAGAAUGUAAUUAAUAUUAACGAAAAGGUACAACCGGUAGUUAUUGAAACGAUAAAUCAUUUAUCGGAUAAUGAACAGUUAGAACAAGCAAUAAAAUCAUUAGAACCAAUGACAUGUUUACCGGAUCUUACCGAAUUAUAACAGUUAAAGAAAAAUAAAUAUUUUUUCAUCUA